AUGUCUUCGCCAAAGUCGGCACUGCCACAGCCGGGUGGUAGUCGCAACGAUGGAGGGCGGUCACCUCUACCGUUGACUCACACCGCAGCCGCCGCCAACACUGCCGCCUCCUCUGCAGCCUCAUCGCCUGUCACGGCGGUCUCGCCGACUACCCCAGCUGCACAACAGGGGCGCGCAACGGCCCCGAGUAAGCACAUCGCACCCUCACCGGCGCAAGUUGCCGCCACCGACGGGGAUGUCUCGCCUCGAUCAAUUUGUGUGGUGUCAGUCAGCAAGGAGAGCACGUCGGUGUGCUCCGCUGUGGACGACUCCUCCGACACUUCUCCCACUGCGCGUCCUGUUGCUGGGUCGCUUCGUCGAUCAGCGCUGCCGCCAUUCACCCCAACGGUCGCCGCCGCACCUCUAACAAAGGGGGGUCUGGCUGCCUCUGGGGGCUGGGACUUCCUACGAAAGUGCAUGCGUGUCACAACGCGGGAUGACACUGGGGAUGCGGCGACACAGCUGGUCUGCGUCUUCAACCCUUCUGUGCUACUCGGGGAUGUGGCCGGGUCUGUCGAACGUAGCCGCCGACGCGUCAUCUUGGACUCCGCCUCGUACCUCGUGCCCUAUGACGGCGAGGCUGUCGCUCAACGAAUGGGCAGUGCUGCCACGAUGUCCUCGUCGACGGUGUGGUCGGUGUGCGUGGCAGCAGCAUACGGAUCGUGCGACUCCCAGGUUGCGAUGAUCGGCAGCAAUGGCGGUGAUUUGUCCAUCAAUAUGCGUUGCCAUGGCGGCGCUGAUCCGGCGGGGCUGGACAAUCGCAGGAGCGCCAGCGCACUGGACCCGGCGUUCAUGCCCAACACAGGUGGAGCCUCUCUCGGGACGUCCCUGCAGCGCGCCGGUGCCCCUGCUGCGGCUGCUGCGGGGGUGCGUACCUCCAUGGAUUGCGGGUACCUGUGGGGUUCCUCCUCCACCGCACCGUCGACCGUGCCGCGCACCACGAUGGAGUCGGCCCUGGCGGUGGCGAAGGAGUCUCCCGGACUUGUGCUCACGUGGUUCCUCGUGCCUCUUCCUGCCAACACGAUUCCCCGAAAGGAAGCCCCCUUUACCGGAGCUACAGCGGCUCCUGGUGGUGGAUUCAUGAGCAACGUGUGCGGCGACAGAACAGCGAUACCCGAGUACAUUGUGAUUCUACUCCCUCUCGUGUGCGACUCGGAAGUGACGACGCUGCUCGCCCAUCCAUUGCAGCCGUCGACGCUGCUCGGUGGGACCCGGUGUGGCCGCAUUGUGCAGUGGUCCAGCGGGCAGGUAUGGGCACAGAUGGAGCCGCGCCGGCUGCUGGAGCGGGCGUUGGCUACGACAGGCACCACGACAACUCUCCUGCUUCCACCUCAGCGUCCAGUCCAUUCGUCGUUUCCGUCGCCGCAGGCACACCAGGCGCCGGUGCUGCGCAUGGCGAUUCACGGGGACGCUAGCUGUCACCGUCUCUACUCCAUCAGCCAAGAGGGCAAGGUGUGCACCUGGACAGCGUUGCAGCCGCUGCACCCAACGGCGUCCUACCUGUCGUACCUCGGGAUUCAGCCGAUGGGCAGUAUUGGGGUAACGGCGCAGUUCGUGGAGCGGGCCGGCACCGACGCCAUGACAAAGGUGUUCAUUGGCACCACCUCUGGUGCGCUUCUCGUCGGCGCGAAUAGGGAUGCGAAGUCGAUCGAGCUCCAGUACUACGGCCCGCCACGUCCGUUACCGACCUCGUCGACAGUUAUUAGGACACUCGAUGUCACCGCCACGCUGGCGUACCCGAACACCGCCGCAGCGGCUUCUACCGCUUCGUCUCGUGACGUCGCAGGUGCCGCGCCGCCGACGCCUGUGACAGGCUCGCUCGAGUACCCCACGGGUGCUGCGGCUUCUGCUGUUCCUGAACAAGGCAUGUACCACCGCCUCGCCGCGAUGUCAUCGUCAUCACUAGCGACCGCCACGGCAGCGCGCCGUGUCCCGGCUCCUGCACUGCAGCCGCACCGAGGUCGCAUCGUCUCGAUGUCUUUGCAGACGGCAGCCAACGGUCUGCGGGGUUGUGACUGUGUCGUGUCAGCGGCGACGGACGGCAGCUGCGUCGCCUGGUUUGACCGCUCCGUCACCCCGCUCGAGGGCUUCUCCUCGGCCGUGACGAGCGUCUGCUGGUCACCGACGAAGCCCGGCGUCCUCGCUGCCGGUGAUGCCAGCGGGCUGGUGACCGUGUGGGCCGUGAACACGAGCAUAAUUACACCUGUGGCGACCGUGUCGCUGCGUGAAGCAGGCCAUCGCGUUCGUGGCAACACGUCAUCGGACGGCGUCCUCUGGGUAGUCUCAGGGCCGAGCGAUGUAGCUGCGGGAGCAGGCGGCAUCACCGCCGGUGGUGGCACCUUUGGCUUUGGCGGUGACGACGAUGAGGCUGACGUCGUCGACAGCGAGAAUGUAGAUGCUUCGCUGGGCCAAGCGGACGUGGUAGGCGCGGCCAUCAGCUCUGUGUUCUUCUCCUGCGACGGGCAGUGGCUGUUUGCGAGUACGGCGAGAGGGUACGUGUACACUCUGCACUUGGCCGCGUCAUUGGUGUAG